AUGAGUGAAGUUUCGAAGUAUUACCCCCAUGGUUAUCAUGGUGUCGAUCGAGAUGGAAGGCCUGUGUACAUUGAAAGACUAGGGAAAGUUAACCCCAACAAAUUUAUGCAAGUUACCACCAUUGACCAUUAUAUUAAAUACCACGUGAAAGAGUUUGAGAGAAGUUUUGUUCUUAAGUUCCCAGCUUGUACCAUUGCUGCCAAAAAGCACAUUGAUUCGAACACAACAAUUUUAGAUGUUAAUAGUGUGGAAGCUUUCAUUGAAGGGCCUCUGAUUCUGGAGUUGUUGGCUCGAAGGUACUCUCAAUAG